CCGUCCUUGCACCCUUGUGUCCGUCCUUGUGUCCAGGGUCAGUCCAUCCCCGUGUCCGUGGGUCCAUCCCCGUGUCCGUGUGCCCAUCCCCGUCUCCGUGUGUCCGUCCCUUUGCCGUGCGCCCACCCCAGCGCCCCGCCGCACGGUCCCAGCGCCCAUCCCUUGUGUCCCCGCCUCUGUCCCCGCCCCGGUCCCACCGUCCGUCCGUGCACCGGGACCAGGGGCCGGGGCGGGGCCGGGGCCGGGGCGGGGCCGGGCCGGGACCCACCGGAGCCACCGGGAGCCGCCGGAGCCACCGGGACCCGCCGGAGCCACCGGAGCCGCCGCCGCCCGUGAUGGAGCCCAACAGUCCCCGCAAGAUCCAGUUCACGGUGCCGCUGCUGGAGCCGCACCUCGACCCGGAGGCGGCCGAGCAGAUCCGAAGGCGCCGACCGACUCCUGCCAACCUGGUGCUGAGCAGUGACCAGUCGUCCCCAGAGAUCGAUGAGGACCGGCUGCCCAACCCCCUGCUCAAGUCAGCUCUGGCCAUGUCACCCCGGCAGAGGAAGAAGCUCUCCCGCAGCACCCCCACUAUGAAAGAGCUGCAGAUGAUGGUGGAGCAUCACCUCUGCAAGCAGGACAAAGGGGAGGAAGAGGAGGAGGAGGAGGAAGGAGCCACCAACAACCAUGACGGUGCCCGGCGUCGCCAUGGGGACAGCAGCCACAGCCCCACACGACAGGGGGGGCCCGGCCCCGGGACCCCCGGGGACGGGCGGCAGAGCCAGGCCAAGGAGGGCACCCACAGAGCACCAAAGGAAGGCGCCGGCAAAGGUGCUGCUGGCAGCCAGUAGGUGCCGGCGAGGCCGGAGCUGCCACGUCCCCUUUUGUAUGUGACCCUUUUCUAGACGCCAGCGGCCGCUUUGGGGCUCCCCCAGGGCAGGUCCCCCCCCGGGGGGGGGCGCUGUGGGGACAAGGGACAGCCGGGCUGCCCCCCCCCCCCAUCCCCUGCUCCCCCCCCUUCCCUCCCCUAUGGGUGCCACUGGGGACACCGAGCAGCACCCCCCCAGUGCCCCCCCGUCACUGCCACCCCCACGUCACCCCCCUUCACUUGGGGGGCACCGGGAGCUGCCCGCCCCCCCCCCAUCACACACAUGUGUCGGCGCACACGCUUGCACACGCGUGGUGGGGCGGUGCGCACAUCCAUGCACCCACGGGGGGGGGACACACACACGCGUGUGCACACAUGGACACGGGAAGGGGAAAGAGGGGGGGGGUCGGGGCACGCCUGCACCCUUUGCACGUGAGUCGCGUGUGCGCGCGCACACAACACGCGUGUACACGCGUGAAGAGCGGGUCUGCGGACCCACCUCAGCCGGUAUUAAAGGGAUCCCUUCUCCCCACGCCUCAA